GGGAGAGCAGCAGAGCAGGGAGGCAGUGCCAGCGCCACGCGUAGUCCAGUCACCUUGGAUAACACGGUACUAUGUCGUCCGCCGUUCGAUUGGUAGCUGCGAUGAGGCAUGGGUCUCUACAUUCUUGCGCACGGCCAGCACAAAGAGCUAUCAUCCCCUGUCAAGCGCUGCGCGCGGCGUCUUCCAAGUCCAAGAACAAGAACCGCAGAAAGGCUUCGCCGACCCAGGCGCAGGCGGCGGUCGCCGCCCGAAACCCUGUGUACCCCAUCGCCGAGGCGUUGGAUCUGGUGAAGGACGGUGCCAAGGCCAACUUCGACGAGACUGUCGAGGUGGCGAUGGUGCUUAACGUGGACCCCCGAAAGGCAAACCAGACUGUCCGGGGAACCGUGCAGCUGCCGAAAGGUAGCGGGAAGACGGUGCGGGUGGCGGUGUUCGCGAAGGGGGAUGACGCAGACGCGGCGACCGCGGCGGGCGCGGACAUUGUCGGCACCGAAGACCUUGUGGCCUCCGUGAUGAAAGGGAACAUCGAUUUCGAGCGGUGCGUGGCUACGCCGGAGAUGAUGUCGGUCGUAGGGCGAGCCGCGAGGGUUCUGGGCCCAAGGGGCCUCAUGCCCAACGCCAAGCUAGGCAGCGUGACUAGAGACGUGGAGGCGGCGGUUAGGGCGGCGAAGGGGGGACAGGCGCAGUUUAGGGCGGGAAAGAACGGGGCGCUGCACAUGGGGGUCGGUAAGGUGAGCUUUGCGAGGUCGGAUCUUAUCGAGAAUGUUCGCGCGACCAUGGUUGCUAUCUCCAACCUCAAGCCCGAGGUGAUCAAGGGGAAAUACAUCUCGCAGGUUCACUUGAGCUCGACGAUGGGGAAGGGCGUGCCCGUAGAGGUGGCUACCGUGGACCCGAGCUCGCCCCGCUUCAUGUUUGUGGACGAGGGCGCGGAGGCGGCGGUGAAGAAGGCGUUGGAGGCGGAGCUAGCGAAAGCCAUGAAGGAAGGGGAUGGGGCUGGGGAACAGCGAGCUUCCUUGUGA